UUAUUUUUCACUUAAAAUGGCAACGAUAGGGGAAUUUUAAGUAUGGCGUAGGGACUUAGGCUUUGGUUUUGUUGGGCUUAAUUACUGCGUAAAUAAGUUUAAGUAAGAUUUUAGAAGUGAAUAUUUCAAAUAUAUGAUCGGAAACUAAUCGUGAUUGCAAUAAAGGACUUUAAAUUGAAGGAAGAAGUCGAAUAAUGUCCUACGCUUCACGAUUUGUUUCUUUUGUGGCUAAUUCCUAUCCGAAACAACAAUAUAAAAAGAUUCCUGAAUAUGGAAGCGAUAGAAAAACUUCAAUUUCUCAGCAGUUGGGACAGCAUUCUCAGUCCAGUCAACAUGAGUCAUCUAAGUCCAAUCCAACUGAACAGUUUUUGCAUCAGUUAUCUGGCCAGGAAAAAGAUCCUGAUAUUGUAAUGUUAGAUCAUUGUUAUGCAAAACCAUGGAAUGCUCAUCCUGAUGCAAGUCAUGCAAAACCUGCUCGUAUGCUAUUUAUGAAGGGAAUACCUCGCUAUCAAGUGGAACAAUUGAAUGAUCAAGAUACAACAGUUGGUAUUGAUGCUAUUCCUAUUAAACAUAUUCCACCGUAUGAUACAACAAAAAAUCGGAAUCUCAUGAAUGAAUGUGAACGACACAUUAGUUUUAUUCGUUCAGACGAUACAUCAGACGAUUGGGAAGAAAGGAUUAAAAGGAAUGGAUGGACUACUUCACAAAAUCGUCUUUUCAACAAAAUAGUGAAAAUUCUUCAUGCUGAUAGAUUAGCAAGACUUGCAUAUGAAAGUAAUCAGCAUGAACCAGUUUUACGUAGAAUAGCAGUUGAUAAAACUGCAAGACGUAUGAGGCAUGUGUUUUCAUCUUUUAACUGGGAUAUGAAACUCUUACAGUGGUUACAUCAAAUAUUUUUAGAAAACCUAAGCUUUUCAUAUUUAACAGCUUAUCUUGAUGUAUUGCAGACAUUAAAGUCAAAGAUCCCUACUUUAAUUGAUAAAUUGCUGACAAUGCCACCAUCAAGUAAAGCAGGAAAUAAUGAAGCAUUAAAUUUACUACUUAAACGUCCAUGGGAUCCUGUAGCUUCACUUUUAAAUCAGCAUAAACCUAAAAAAUUGUCAUGUGCACCUUUACUAGUCCUUAUACCAAGUGGGCCAAGUCAACCAUCUGUCAGUCAUUCUAGACGCAUGAGAUUUUGGCAAACUCAGCUUUCUGCUUUGGGAAAAGUUGUACCAGUAACAUACCAUGCUGCAAAUGGAGGAAGUGGAAUGUCUGUUAAUCAAUGUCUAGAACAUAUCAUAGGUGCUGUUCGCACUAAAAUUCUUGAGCUGAAGAGUCAUUUUCCAAAUCGACCAAUUGUAUUAAUAGGCUGGACAAUUGGAGCUUUAAUAGCUUGCCAUGUUGCAUUAGUGGAAAGUGUUACUGCUGUAGUUUGUCUUGGAUUUCCAUUAACUGGAAUUAAUGGUCCUCGUGGUGAUUUAGACGAUCCUUUAUUAGAUAGUACAACGCCUUCCUUAUUUGUAAUUGGUCAAAAUUCAAAUAUGUGUAUGAUAGAUGAUAUUGAAGAUUUUCGAGAGCAUAUGAGAGCAGAAAGUGGAUUGGUUGUGGUAGGAGGUGCUGAUGAUGCAUUAAGAAUAUCACAAAUAAAAAAGAAAUUAGAAGGAAUUACACAAGUUAUGGUGGAUAGAUGUUUACUGGAUGAAAUUGGUGAUUACUUAGAAUCAGUAUUAACACAGCCACCAUCCACUCCUGUUUCAUUUUCACCUCAUUCAAGAAAAUCAAAUAAUGCUUUGGAAAAUGAAACCAAAAAGAAGAAAAGAAAAUCAUCUAAAGACAUAGAAAUGGCUGAUUUAUCCCCGGUUUCUAAACGGAAACCAAGAAUUUCUAGUGGAAGACAGAGUACAACAUGUAAUGUUCUGCCAAAAGGAUGCAGUUCAUCAUCAUCAAGUUCAACAGAUUCAUCUAGCACUGGGUCCAGCGCCAGUGAUACUACCACCACCACCAAUAAUAGGACAUCGUCAGAGACAGUAAAGAAAAACACUGGUCGAAAAAUAACAAAGACAUCGGAAGAAAGUAUUCACAAGCACAAAAUAACUCCAAAUGCAGAUUUUAUAGGAAAUGAAUUUACUAAAAAACAUACUCAACAUUCUGUUCCUAUAAGUUGUAAAAAUGCAAAAGAGGAAAAAGAAAUAUCUUUCUUCAAGAACUCGCCAUCUGUUAAUCCAUCGGCUAAAAUGUCUGGUGGUUUAUCAUUAAAUAUAGGUUCCAUUUCUAGUCUUGGUCAGUUUCGACAGGUACAAGCAUUAGCAACUUCUGGACAAAUUUGUUUAAGCAAUAUGAUUCCCGAUUUAGGAUGCAUACCAUUAGAUAAUUCACUCAAAGAUGGCAAGUUUUCUAUUCCCUGCAAUGUGACUAAUUUUACUGCAUCCUCUUCACUUUCAAGUAAUUCACAAAUGUUUAAUAGCCCUAGACAUCCUGGUACAGUUACUUUAACUCCUGUAACAAAUGUUGGAAGAAAAUCAAAUUCUAAACAGGCGACAACUCUCAUUUUUCCUAGUUCGUCAACUGUUAGUUCGGUUGUUCUUCCUACAGUCACUUCUCAUUCUGCAACAUCCACAACAGUCCAUGUAGUUGAUGACAAAUCAGACAUACUAUCAAAAAUUGAUAUGCUCUCCAAAGAUAUAUCUUUUGUAGAACCUGAUAAAGAACAAGUAGAAGCAAUUCAAAAGUUGCAAUAUCAUGAUUUUCCACUUACUACAACUUGCAUUAUAAAGAAUUCUGGUGCAUCACCUGUAGUUACCCAGGCAAAAAUUCUCACAAGUGGUAAUUUAAAUUUAUCCAAGUUGCACAGCAUUAUGCAAACAAAUUUGCCUUGUAAAAAUAUUGGAAAUCAACAGUCGACUCCCUCUUUAUCAGACAUACAUAUAGCUUCAUCUCUGCCUUCGUCUUCAACUGUUUUAUUAUCAGCUACCGAUUUAGAACCCACAACAUUUGUGAUAUCUGGUGAUUCAAAAUCUAGGAAAAAUUUUCAGUUUCAAGGUAUGAUUCUGAAAGGGACCGCAUUAACAACUACAAAGGUAUCAACGGCAUCAAAAAUAGAAAAUCUUAUGAAGAAUGAAACCGAUUUGAUUACAUCUAUAAGUCAUACAUCAAAUUUACUGGAGAAUAAUGAAAGUCAGAUGUCUGGUAUGGAAAAGGAGGAAAUUUACCAGGAUCCAGAAAGUAAAAGUUUGGUCGAAGAAUAUUUAUUUAUAAAAGAACAAAAUGACGAUCAGAAAAUGGACGAAUCUUCGGCAAUUUAUGCCAGUAAAAAAGUAAACGAAAGAGUAUCAGAAAUAAGUUCCAAAAGUAAUUUGUGUGACAGUAUGCUUGAAGAAAAUGAUAUGAAAGAUGACAUAGUGAUACAACAGCACAAUAUUAUUAAUAAUACUCUGUUAGCUAGUACAGUAGAUAAGUUUUCUAUUUCAAAGUGUAAAAUGAAUGUGUUAAACACAUCACAAAGGGUUCAAGAAGUUGAAAUCAAUGAAAAUAUUAAAGACAAUAUAAAUUAGAUUUUAUUGCCAAAAAGACUACACAUAAAAUCCAAUAAAUGGACCAUCAGAUAUUUCUAGUCAUCCAUCUGAAUUGCAUUUAAUGAUUAUAUUGCACAUAAAUAAUGACUUUGUAUCCAGAAGAAAAUUCUAUGUACAAGAAAAUUAUUUUCUGAGUUAUUUCAAACAUUUCGGUUGUUCAUACAAAUUUUAUUCAAGUAUAUAUCAUUACUGUUCAUUAGUUUGAUGUAUUUUGUGUUUCAUCAUAUUUACAAAACAAAAGACUCCAUAAUUGCAAAAAAAAAAAAAAAAUAAUAAUAUAUAUCAUAUGUUAGUGU